AUGGAACCAAAGCGAGUCGAGUCAAGUCAAGUCGUUCGUCGCCUGACGCUCGGCUUAUUCCCACUCGACUCCAUUCCACCUCAUCCCAUUCCAUCGCAUCACUUCCCAUCCCAUUCCACCCCAUUCCACUCCAUUCGCAACGAAGUUUGUGUAGGAGGAAGAAGAAGAAGAAGAGGAAGGGAAAGGCGUCGCUUUCGCUCCGACUGCGCCGAGUUUUUACUCGCCCGUGUCGAGCGCAGUCAUUGCAACGCGCGCAUCAUCACGUGCGCUGUGUUGACCGACCCCGGGGAAGAUGCGUUGGAUGACUUGGAUGCGAUUGUUCGGCAGAAGGAAGUUUGCCAGGGACCGUUGGAUGAGGCAGCGCCAGUCAGACCAAGUCGAAGCCAGGGCGAGGAGCAGCCGAGGAGUCUUCGCCGUCGCGCCUGA